AAAACAUGUAAGCUUACUAUUUUUGGUUAAUUGAAUAACCCAAACCCUUAUAGAAGCUCCUCACAAAUUCAAGCAGCAAAGUCUGCAAAAUCACCGCCAGAAACCAAUAAUGGCUCCCAAAGUUCUAAUGGUAGCCGAGAAGCCGAGCAUUGCUCUUUCGAUUGCUACAGUUCUUUCCGGCGGUCGAAUGUCAACAAGAAGGGGUAGCACUGAGGUGCAUGAGUUUGAGGGGAAGUUUCUGGGAUUUCCCGUGCUUUAUAGAGUAACAUCAGUGAUUGGUCAUGUUUUCAGGUUUCCAUAUCCUUGACUUGCGAGCUCAUAUUGUUAGGCAUUUGAACCAAGAAGCUCGUGGUUGUGGGCACUUGGUACUGUGGCUUGAUUGUGACCGUGAGGGAGAAAAUAUAUGCUUUGAAGUAAUUGAGUCCACUGGUUUCCAGUCAAAGGAUGGAAAAAAGAUUUAUCGUGCUCGAUUUUCAUCUGUAACCGAGAAGGAUAUUUUGAAUGCCAUGAGUAACCUUGUUGAACCUAACAAAAAUGAGGCACUGGCUGUGGAUGCACGGCAAGAGAUAGAUCUCAAAGUUGGAGUUGCCUUCACACGGUUUCAAACGAGCUAUUUCAAUGGGAAAUAUGGAAACCUUGAUUCACGAGUUAUUUCUUAUGGGCCGUGUCAAACUCCAACUCUAGGCUUUUGUGUGCAACGACACCUAGACAUUUCCACUUUUAAGCCAGAAAAGUUUUGGGCAUUGCAUCCAUAUAUAUUACACCAAGGGUAUGAACUCAAAUUACAAUGGGAGCGCCAUAGACUAUUUGAUUCGGAUACAACUCAUAUGUUCCAAAACAUAGUAAAAGAGGAUGGAAUGCUGAAAGUUGUUCGUAUAUCAGAAAAACAGGAGUCAAAAAGUCGCCCUUCUGGUCUCAACACAGUAAAACUUCUGAAGAUAGCUUCAAGUGCUAUGGGCCUGGGUCCGCAGCUGGCUAUGCAAUUGGCUGAGCGUUUAUAUACCCAAGGUUACAUCAGCUAUCCCCGAACAGAGAGCACUGCGUACCCAUCUUCCUUUGAUUACAAAGGUACUCUUGGAGCACUAGCCAGGAAUCCAGAAUUUGGUAAUUAUGUGCAGUUGCUUCUGUCUGAUGGCUAUCACAAGCCGCGAUCUGGAACUGAUGUAGGCGAUCAUCCUCCAAUAACUCCAAUGUGCUCAGCUACAGAGGAUAUGCUAGGGCAUGAUUCAUGGAAACUCUAUCAGUAUAUUUGUCAACAUUUUCUGGGAACUCUUUCUCCUGAAUGCAAGUAUAUCAAGAGAACGGUUGAAUUUGAAUCUGGUGGAGAAUCAUUCCAUUGUGUUGGGCAGCAUGUAACAGCCAAAGGAUUCACAUCCAUUAUGCCAUGGCUGGCAGUUAGUGAGAAAAACAUACCCCAGUUUACUGAAGGGAAAAAAAUUGACAUAGCUCGAAUUGAAGUAGAAGAGGGGAGUACACAGCCUCCAGAUUACCUUACUGAAAGUGAAGUUAUCUCUUUGAUGGAAAAGAAUGGAAUAGGAACAGAUGCAUCCAUUCCUGUACACAUUAACAACAUAUGUGAACGGAAUUAUGUACAGGUACAAGCUGGAAGGAGAUUGGUUCCUACUGUUUUGGGUAUCAGCUUAAUAAGAGGCUACCAGUGCAUAGACCCAGAUCUCUGUUUGCCUGAUAUCCGGAGUUUUAUUGAGCAUCAAAUUGGCCUUGUUGCUAAAGGUCAAGCAGACCAUUCUUUAGUCGUGCAGCAUGUGAUAGAGCAGUUCCGAAGGAAGUUUACCUACUUUGUCAAGCAGAUUGAAGACAUGGAUGCAUUAUUUGAAGCUGAAUUUUCUCCACUCUCAGACACUGGACGCGUGCUUAGCAAAUGUGGCAAAUGUUUGCGGUACAUGAAGCUCAUUUCUUCCCAGCCAUCACGUUUAUAUUGUGGGACGUGUGAAGAAAUUUAUUACACCCCUCAGAAGGGUACAGUCAAGCUGUACAAGGAACUCACCUGCCCUUUGGAUAACUUUGAGCUUUUGAUCUUCUCAUUGCCUGGUCCAGAGGGAAAAUCCUUUCCGUUCUGCCCGUACUGUUACAACAGCCCUCCAUUUGAAGGGAUCGGUAAUUUAUAUGGUGCGGCUAAGACUGCUGGUGCUGUGACAUUGGGCAAAGGAGCCGGCAUGCCAUGUUUCCAAUGCCCACAUCCUACAUGCCCGCACUCUAUGAUAUCCCAAGGUGUUUGUGCUUGUCCCGAGUGCGAUGGUACACUAGUGCUCGAUCCAGUCAGUGCUCCCAAAUGGAGGCUCUACUGCAAUAUGUGCAACUGUCUCGUUUCCCUUCCUGAAGGCGCUCAUAAGAUCUCGACAACCAAGGAUCAUUGCCCUAAUUGUGACUCCACCAUCUUAGAGGUGGAUUUCAACAAGAAGACCACCCCUUUGAAGGAUGGAGGCACACUGCAUGUUGGGUGCAUUCUGUGCGAUGAACUGUUGCAUUCACUCGUAGAGAUGAAGCACGGGAGGUCGUUUUUCAGAGGCAGGGGAAGAGGCCGGGGAAGAGGACGGAGAGGAAGGGGCAACAGGAAACAGCAAGAUCCGAAAAUGAGUUUCCGUGAUUUCUGAUAGAGUUGGUCGCAAACAGUCAGAAUAGUUGUAGUUCUCAAAUUCAGCAGUCCAUGAAACUCAGUUCCAUGGCUAAGCUGUGUGCUGCACGAGUUGAGCUGAUUGGCUCGGGUGCACGAAUGUGCGGCACACGAGGCCUCCGAGUAGUGAUAUGCUCACUUAUUAAAACACACGCAAAGCCUUCUAACACUGUGCGCCUAAGCUCUAAAACAAUACUUUAUACGUUGUUCGCGCCCUCUGUGCUAUGUGCACCUAAGUCAUUCUGUUGUUACACUAAUGCAUUUUGUAAUCUCUCUGCGAAACAAUUCUAUAGCGCUUAGAGUUAUUGGAUAUUGCAACCUAGAGUAUUGGAUGUUGCAGUCCGCGUAAAUUUACCAUUGAGAAUUUUUUA